AGAGAAACAGACCCCUCUACGAUUCCUCUCCCUUCAACAUUUCUGAGAAAAACAAUCAGAUUUUCUGUUUGUUUCCCGGGAUUCUAUACAGACCACACCGCAGCAAAAAAGGGGUCUUAGUCAGAAAAAGGAGAUAUGUUGGCCGUGGUAUCCCAAGAAAAUGUGGUGGCUCCUCCUAUGGUGUCGAGAACAGGAAGGCAUUUGCAACGGUACAACAAGCAGGGUGGUCGCCAAGUUGUAGGAUGCAUUCCAUAUAGAUACAAAAUUAUCGAAACGUCUUCCUUGGAUGAAGAAGAAAAGGAACUAGAGGUUCUUGUCAUCAGUUCACAGAAUGGGAAACGAAUGUUAUUUCCGAAGGGGGGCUGGGAAUUGGAUGAAUCCAUGACAGAGGCAGCCAUGCGUGAGAGUCUAGAGGAAGCCGGAGUUAGAGGAACUAUUGAGCGCAACUUGGGUAUAUGGAGCUUCAAGAGCAAAACACACGGCACUAAUUAUGAAGGAUAUAUGUUCCCUUUACAUGUUCAGGAGCAACUAGAUACUUGGCCAGAAAAGAAUUUCCGUCAAAGAGCAUGGAUGACUGUGGCGGAAGCUAGAAAAGCAUGUCACCAUUUGUGGAUGAAGGAAGCAUUGGAUAGAUUCGAACAGCGUCUCAAGUCUCCCGCAACAACAACACAUUGAGGGAGAACUAGCACAACUUUUCUUUUGUUAAGGUGAGAAUACAACUUACUAAGUUGAAAUAAAAUACAUGGCAAUUUCCCUUUUAGACCAGAAGAAGUAUAUGAAGAAAAGUUUAGGGAUGUACCUAUAAAACAAGAACCGGCAAGGGAGAAAUGGAGACAGAAUAGCAAUAACAGGAGCUGGCCCUUUGGUCCUGCCUUUCACUUUCUUUGAGUAUGAAAGUGGUACUGUAAAUUUUAGGGCUUUUGAGCACUUUAUGGCAUCAUGGCUUUAGCACCCUUUCACCCAUUAAGCAUGGGGCAGUGAAGAUGUGUUAGGCUUGUAAUUCUUCGGUCUCUUCUUUGGAAAACAAGAUUAUGUCUUCAUAAUUUUAAAUGUAUUGAGACACUUUGUACACCACAAUAUUUGAAAUGAAAGACAGGAAAUUGU